AUGUGGUGUGACAUAAUACAUGUUGAGCCCCACUCCUCCAAUGCUUAUCUCUUGGAGAUCUCACACGAAGAUCAGCUUCCACUUCAGGACAUGUGCAAAGAUGCAUCUGAGGAAAUUCCUCUCCAGCAGUAUGAGUCUCAUAUCCAAGGAUCCCAACAAAAUAAUGCUCUGUUUCUUACCUCACUGACAAAGGCCAGGCCUGUGGACCUUCUGAAAAGGGGCUCCCCAAAAUCAAAGGCCCUUGAGAAACUAAGAGCAAAGAUUCAGCAGCAGAAGCUGGAAACAACAUCUUCAAGUCCAGUAACUGAGAUUAAAUGUCAAGAUCACAUAAUAAGAAAAGUCUGCAGAGUGCACAGCAAAGGGGAAGAAAUACAAACGGGUAUACCUGUGUCUCGAUGGAAAGCCGACAUAAACCCGUCCUCAGGCAAAGACUGCCAAAUGAACCAAAUCCUCAGAGGUGCUGGUCCUAGAAAACAAGAACAUUAUACAUACAUAUCUGCUUGGAGAGAUGCCCAGAAGCUUGUGGCAAAGGUCUUAGAUUCCCAGUGCAUGAAGACCUCAGACUCACAGAAGGACACCACCAAGAAGCACAAGGAAAAAGUCACACAGAGGGAUCAUCAACAGAUUGCAGCACCGAACACUCAAGGUUUUUCAAAACAAAGAUCUAAAGAACCAAAUGUGAUUGAGAAAUCAUGUCAUCAUCCUCAAAGGAACAUUUCACAUCCAUCUAACCAGGCAAAAAUCUUUUCUGGUAGUUGUGGUAAAAGCAUUUCUACAUGGCACAUGCGUGUGAAAAGGAAGGAGAAUAAAGGUCCUGUCAAACAAAGUACAGCGCAGAGGCAAAAUUCACAAGAGGUGCGUGAAUAUAUGCAACAACAAAUCAUUGAGAGGAGAAGAAGGAAACAACAGAUGAGAAGAAAGGUGGAAUUUGAGCAGGAGAGGAAGAGAAGAAGUGUGCAAGACAUAGUGAAAAAACAAAAAGAAGCUCUUUACAAGACCAAGAAACAGCAGACACAACAGUCUGAGAAAAGUAAACAUGCUGACAAGGAACAAUUUGCUGCAAGUAGCAAGACUUUUGGACUGCAGCACAAUGCACAAUGUGUUGUUUUGGAUACAUCCAGUAGAACUUUGACGAUGGAGCUGUUUUCUGAUGCCGAGUCUAAGAACAAUAAUCCUGCCUACCCGGUUGAUGCGAAUAGAUCUUUGAUUAUUCUGCCUCAGGCUCAGAAACACAGAGUGGAGGUGCUCAGAAAGACAAUCACCUCUCUUGAUGAACGUGUAAAGAAUGAGACGUGGGGUGAACUGAGUGGGAUGUACAGUCAGGGACAGUUCCAAUGCCACCUCUCGCUGGCACAGAGUCAGCAGUUUAUCAGAGAAGAGGAGCUCAGGGCACGCCAGCUUAGUGCCCUCUUCAGACUCAGAAAAAAAGCACUGUGGGAGAGAACUCAGACUGAGCUCACAUGGCUGGAGCACUGUAAGAAAAAUGCUCUAUCAGAUGAGGUUUCUGUGAGUGAAAUCAAGAAAAGGCAGGAAGAAGUUGUUAAAAGACUGAGAUGUGAGGAGGCAGAGAUCCACCAUUGGCGCAAUAUUUAUAAAUGUGGGCAGCAACAGCGUCAACUCCUUCUUUACCAUCACAGAGACAUCCUAAACAUCAAGAAUUCAACUACUCACAUUCGACAAAUGCUAGAGAACCAGGCCAUGACUGACACUGAUUCCAGACCCACAGAUGCAGUUUCAACAUUGGAGGGAAAAAGUUUAAUCACAAAGCCUGGGAUUAAACCAGCUGCCAGAGGCGAAGAUAAGCUGCCAAGCAAGCAGGGGAGGUUUCUUACUAAAGCAGGUCUGAGGAGACUUCUAACUACAGAUGAGGUAUGGAGUCUUGGGAGGAAGAGAAGUUUGGGAGAACAUAAUAUCCCAGCAGAGCAGGAGAUCCUUCAGAAAGCAGGGUCCAAAGAUUCAGGUGACCCAAAAUGUUUCUCAUCAUACAGCCAUCGAAGCAAGCCAUGUCAUAACAUCAGCACUGAGAGAAAAGUAAAAAGAGAGGAUGGAAAAUCUCCACAUAAACAGGAAUCACUGAAGGCAAACUCUAAACCUCAUGGUUACAGUGGGUCAGAGCCCAAGCCUGCAAAAAAUGUCAAGAGCCCUCAUCUAAAGGUGAGCCCAAUGAAAAGCACCGAAAUACACUCAAGAGAAAAAGUCCACUGGAAGCCUCUAAAGGAUGUUCAUCAUUUCACAUCAGAACACAACCGGCCUAGCUGUGGAACAUCUGACAAUGCCCCCAUAGUGUCCUGUUUGUCCUCUGACAUAGAGGAAGAUCUGCCCUAUGAUUAUGAAGACUUACAUCAAGAACCUGGAGAGAAAAGAGAAGCAAGGUUUCAAGAGAAACUGAGGCCACAUUCCUCUUCAUUUAAAAUGACUGUAGACUGUAGUGAGGUAAUAACUGACAAUCUGACUCUUAAUGUGCAGAACAGCCAUCAUUCGCAAAGUGUGGUAUUCAACAAUAAUCAUGAGAUUUGUGAUGUGUCCAGGAAGUCAAGCACGGCUUAUACUCAGACACAUGAGAUUGAUUUAGCCUCUGAGAUCUCUGAAAAUCUGAAGUGGCAGAACAUAAAAGAUUCAAUGAUAGAAAAAUCACUUGCUACAAAUUCAGUCCUCUUUGUAGGAAGUGAUAUAAAAGAGACUGACAGCCCGUCUUGUGAUGAUAGCCUUUCUGAGGCAGAAGAUAAAUCAGAACCAUUUUCCCUCCAGAGUGAAGGACUGGUCUGGUCUGAAGAAGAGAAGGAUGUUCACAGUGAAGAGAAAUCUGAUGCAGGCACAUUUGCUUUGGUCUAUGCCAAAAGGUGUACCCUAAUCCCAGAAUCACCUCCUUGUUACCAGCAGUUCAACAAUAAACACUAUGAAGUUGAUCCCUAUGGUCUGCUUCGUAGUCAAAAGCAAAUCACAGCAGAUUCCAACCUGUCCGAGAUUCUCUCUCCUGUAGAUGAGGUCUUGUCAUACGGAAGUGCUGAGUUUCCUCUGUCACAUAAAGGAGGAGGUGGCCCAGGACAAGAUAUCAACAAUUUAGUACCUCCUUCACCUGCCUUUGAGAUAAUUACAUGGACUAGUGAGGAGGAUCUUCCAGAUCCACCUGACUGUCUUGACGACAUUUCCAUAAGUAGCGAGAACAUACCCCCUCUUCCUGUGGACUUGUCUUGCAAGAGAGCUACAGAGAGGCCAAGUAAGACCAACAUUAAUAAUGAUGCUAACACUGAUGAUUUGUGUCAAAUGCUACAUUCUUCAGAGCAGGAUCAGGAUGACGAUGGUUCGGAAUCCACCAGCUCUCUUCUUGUGGAUGACAGUAAGGAAAGCCAAGAUCCUUUGUCCUCCUUUAAUAUUGGAGACAGGGUUCUUGUUUGCAACUCAAGACCAGGAGUUCUUAAAUAUAAGGGAUACACUGCUUUUGCUGAUGGCUUCUGGGCUGGAGUUGCACUUGAUAUGCCUAAUGGAAAUCACAAUGGCACAUUCAGAGGUGUAAAGUAUUUUACGUGUCAGAAGAGCUGCGGGGUCCUGGUCAGAGCUGAGGACAUUUCUCCUCUGCAUAGAGAACACUGUAAUGAUCCAGAUACAGGCAUGGAUGAAGAUACAUUCUCAGAUGAGGAUUCCACCAAUAACCAAGCUGUGGAGAAUGGCAAUAAACCCUCUGUUAAGGGGCAAGGAAGACAAAGUGGCAGACACUGUCCUCGUGGACAUGGUUCAUCAAUACCGAACCAGACAUUCCAACACGAGCCAUGUGAAAAUGAUGAAGCCACAGACAAUAAGUUGCCAUCCAGUGAAAGAACACCAUUAAAUAUUGAUUUUAUAGGCCAUCUGGAUGACUCUGAAGCUCGGAUAGAGAAGUUAACUGAAGAGAUUUUUGUAUAUGCUUUAAAGAAUAUACAGGAAAUGGGAUCAACACAUGACAGUAAACCAAAGUACAUUAAUUUUAAGAAAAAAGAAGCUGGAAAUGUGAUUAACAAACCACGUCUCAUGGAUAAAUGGCAGCAGGUGUAUCCAUUAACUCCACCACAGAUACGGGUCAAACCUCAUGAACACAGCAUUGUGUACAGAAUAGUUGAUGAAACGGUUGAGACUCUGUGUGGCCAGGCAAACAGAAGUGCACUUGAUGUUUGUGAAACACCAAACUACUUGGUAGAUGAUGAAAGCCGCAAAACCUACAGUCAGGUCCUUUUCCAGUUAGCAUCUGAUAUUCUGAACAAGAUUUGUGCUGUUAUAUUGGAAAUGAGUGGCACUUUUCAGAACACAGUGGAUAAAUCAAUGAUCUCACUUGUACAGAGAAGACAAAUUUCAGUUAAACUUUUAAAGGAUGCAGUGAAAAGGGAAACACAGAAAGUGCUUAAUUUGGAACAAACUGAUCAAGAAAGGACAGAAACGCUGCAAACGCUGUGCAAAUACUGGUAUGCUAAGAGGGACAGAGUGGACUACAUCCUGAUUCAGGAUCUUCACAAUGAGGAGAAGGAGUGGGUGGAUUACAGUAAUGACCAGAUCACUGUGAAAAUGCGACUGGCCAAUGAAAUUUUCAGCUUCCUUCUGGAUGACACUAUAUCAGUUCUUAACCAUAUAUAUAUCAGACAACAAAUGAUAUAG